CCCCGAGCAUCCUCCAGCAAUGAACUCUAAUUGAAAAUUGGAUCGCAGGCUUGAAAACCACCACCACCACCACCACUACCACACCUUCCACAUUCGGCUUCCAGGCGAUUCUCCUCUCGCGACCCCCGAACCGUUACCAAGCGUAUAGCUUCCCAUCAGUCCCACCCAGCUGCGCAAGCUUUGUCAGAGCACUUGGGCGCGAGAGACUGCCGUUUGCAGUGGAUGCGCAGCGCGAGAAAUUAAAGCAUGUCUUUCCGUGGAGGUGGGAGAGGCGGUGAUCGCGGCGGCCGCGGUGGGUUCGGUGGUGGCUUCCGCGGCGGCGAUCGCGGGGGACGAGGCGGCUUUCGAGGAGGCUUCCAGUCCAACUAUGGCCCGCCAGCCACGGUGUUGGAAAUGGGCGAGUUCAUGCACGCCUGCGAAGGCGAGCUCGUCUGCAGCAGCAUCAACACCAAAGUCCCCUACUUCAAUGCGCCCAUCUACCUCGAGAACAAGACGUCCAUCGGCAAGGUCGACGAAAUCCUCGGCCCGCUGAACCAAGUCUACUUCACCAUCAAGCCCCAAGAGGGCAUCCAAGCUACGAGCUUCAAGCAAGGCGACAAAUUCUACAUCGGUGGGGACAAACUAUUACCGCUCGAGAAGUUCCUGCCGAAGCCCAAGCCCCCGCCUGGUGCGGCUAAGGUGAAGAAGGUCAAGACAGAUCGGGGACGGGGUGGACGAGGAGGAGGGUUCUCUCGGGGUGGUGGCAGAGGUGCACCGAGGGGCAGAGGAGCUGGAGGUUUCGGUGGGAGGGGGGCGUCGAGAGGGUUUGGUGGGGCGUCGAGAGGAUCGAGCUUUGGCGGUCGUGGAAGAGGCGCUCCCAGGUCUCGCGGCAGAGGCUACUGAGUCUUGUCUCAUGCAGGUGUGUGUGCUGCAGAUUUGAUGAAGUGAAACGAAAGGCGUCAAAGACUGUAGCGCUGGGAUAGGGAGGAUGGCUCUGCCUGAAUGGCAUAUCG